AUGGCGAUAGUCGAAGAAAUAUACAACACAAAUAUCCCCGAAGGCCAAUCCAUGAUGAUUGCCUUGCUCAAUUUUCCCUUUAAUUCAUCAAUAGAAAUCAAGUCUGGUAUGUCCAUUUCCAUAGUUCAGGAUUCCUCUUGUGUCUAUUUAUCUGCUGUGACCACCCAACAUGAUUAUGUUAAGGCUUUGGAUUGGAUUACCAUCCGCUCAUUCGAUACGAUACGUAUCUCUACAACUUGGCAUUUAGGUAUAUCUUUAUAUUUUAAUCCAGAGGAUCAUAAGGCAAAAGAUUCUAUAUAUUUAAGGCCGGGAAAAUAUCUAAACGUCAUUGCAGCCUUUUCCUUGAAUGAUUUAUUAUCUUUUAAAGCAGAGGUCUCUACACCAGAUUCCCCAGGUAUCAUUAUAGACAUGGCUCUGGGAUGUUACAUUGAUAUCACCAACUCGGAGGAGAAUAUAAGAAUAGUUGGAAAAUGUCGUAUAAAGUUAUCCUCAGCCACUAUUUUUCAAUAUUACACCCAUAGAGCCCGUAUUUGGUAUGUGUGGUGCAUCCAUCGUGUAUGUAAGUUUUUGAGGUAUUCUUGUACGUCAACAGUUAAAAACGGUAGGUUCACGUUGAAUAGAUCAACCCGUCACUUGAUCAUACCAGCUUCGAUUUUGCUGUGCAUAGCCUCUUAUGCAAUUCUUAUUGUGACUACGGUAUAUUUCCGAUUAUCUGAGUUUAAUGGAAUUGAGGGAUGUGUUAUAGGAGUAUCCUUCACUAUAUUUUUAGCAUCUGGGGGUCUUUGGUUACUAUUUAAUAGUGAAGAGAAUACCGAUGACGAUAUCUUUGUGCUAAGAAGUGUUCUCUUUUACAGCAUAGUUGGAUUCGCCGUGUGGAGUAUUUGUUUUUUGUUGAUGGUGAUAUUUUCAGCGAGAGCACAAAAGGCAUACUUGGAAGUAAAAUGUAUCAAUAACUUGCUAGCGAAACUUCAUCUUAUUACGGAUUCAAGAGUAGGGGCCAUUGCAAACAAAUUUUAA